AAUAAAACCAGCAUGCAGACUCAGCCAAUCUGACACAGCCUAACAAUGGUGUAAGUGAGGCUGUUGAACAGUGGAAGCUGUGCCUCUGGUUCUACUGUAGAUGUAAGAACAAGAUCCUAAAGGAUAGAUCCUGGAGAGCUGCAAGCUACUGCUUAGUUUCAGGAACACAAGAUUGGAGGAAAGGUAUCUGAGAUAUUCCAGCGUUCCCUUUAGCUGAACACCUCGUACAAAGUAAAACCAUUAUCAGAGCUGAAUUCCUGGAAAUCAAGGCUACACUACAGAUGAGGAGAUCCCCCUAGGACCUCAAGACUAGGAGCAAACAUGAAGCUUGUCCAGCCCAUUCUAGUUGUUUUAUUCAUGAACAGCGGCAUAUGGUGUCAAGACCAAGAGUAUUUAACGCGGUUGGAAUACUUUUAUGGAUGUCCUAAAGAAUGCCAAUGCCCUGGCAGAUCUUCGAAUGCCCUCCACUGCGACAGCAGGCAUCUCAGUGUCAUGCCCUUGGUACCAUCAAGAAUCCUGUAUGCCUACCUGCAAAACAAUCUCAUUGAUGGCAUCUCAGAUAAUUCCUUCAAAAACGGAACUCAAUUGAAGUGGGUGAACCUAAACAAAAAUAAGAUCACAAACAGCAACAUUCCAAAAGGCAUCUUUAAGAAAAUGGAAAACCUGCUCUACCUGUUUCUUGACGACAAUAGCCUGGAGAAAGUGCCAUCGCCUCUGCCAGCCAGCCUGGAGCAACUUCGGUUGGCGAGGAACAAGAUUUCCAGCAUACCCGAGGGAACUUUCUCAAACCUAGCCAAGCUGACAUUGCUCGACCUGCAAGGCAACAGGUUGAACGACUUUGUCAUUCAGCCCAACACAUUUAAAGGACUGAAGACGUUACUGCAGCUCAAUCUGGCCCAGAAUGGUCUCACGGCAAUGCCCGAGCAGAUUCCCGUGUCAACCCUACAGCUCUAUUUGGACAAAAACUCCAUCAAAGAGAUACCCACGAACUACUUCAGCAGCCUACCGAAAUUAUCCUUUGUCAGGCUAAACCACAAUGAGAUUUCAAGCAGCGGACUUCCUGACACUAUUUUUAACGUGUCCUCCAUAUUGGACUUGCAGUUGUCCUACAACCAACUCACUUCAGUUCCUCUCAUUCAUUUCAGACUACAGCAUUUACAUCUGGACCACAACCAAAUCAAAAAGAUUAAUGGACCGCAAAUCUGCCCUCUCCCUGUCAGCAAUAUUUACCAGAAGCCCAUCGGAGAAAAUCAGCCUCAACUCCGUUACCUACGUCUUGAUGGCAAUGAAAUUAAACCACCCAUUCCCAUUGAGCUCAUGAUGUGCUUCAGGCUCCUCUCCGCAAUCGUGAUUUAAAGAGAGCCGACACGCUCUCCCGAUCAAUUCAAAAAGAGAAGAUUAGAAAACACAAGUCUUGCUGGUCUAGUACUUGUAGAUUGAGAAUGAUUCGUAUCUUCUAAUGUGGAAGAGGGGUGAUGAAAAAUAAUCUAGUACUGACUGAAAAGAUGGCCAAUUAUUAUCAGUAGCAUUGGUGAAAAUUCAAGUACAUUAGAAAUUAAUAAUUAGUCCAUGGUCUUCAAUUCCAAUAAGACCAGCAAAAGAACAUCUAAGCCUCAGUAUUGUUCAGGUUGUUUAAAUCUGAAGUUUUAUUUUCAUGUAGGUAGCUGGCUCAUUACAAGCAUGGAUUGGAAAAAAAAAUCAUGUCUAGUAAUUUGUUAUAUGGUUAUAUAUUGAUGAGUAAAGUAUUAUAUGCAAUGCAAAGUGACAAAAUCUGUAAGAUGAUAACAUUUUACAUCAAAUUCACCCGUGGCGAUUUACAUAUUUGGUAGAAGGUUCGUAGAGCAGACAUUUAAAAACAAGUGAAGUUAGCGACUUUUCUAACACAUUCCUAUAAUGGUAAUAAUCAAAUGUGUAAUAAUUAAGUAAUAUUGUAUGCAUUUCCUGAAAGAAAACUACAGCAAAGUUACAUUACAUUAAGUGACUUUCACUCCAACCGAGGUUGAGUGGUGCCAUCUGCAUUUUGCAGUUUUGCUGAAGGGUAAGUUGGGCGGUUGAGCAGUCCUCUCCCAAAGUUACUUGCUUGUUAAUCCAUUCUACUGUCCUCUGGACAGUAGAACAUUCUGGAUCCUUUCAGAACGUUGUUAAGGUGCCAUUAGCCUUUCUCACAGGAUAAGAAAGAAAACUGGACAUCUGGAGUACAAGCAGAAAAUGGCAACUAUACCCAUCAAUGGGGUUACAGUAUUAGAAAUGUGGAAAACUGCCCGAUUCUUGAAGGGGUCGAAUUGGAUCUUUCAAGACUGUAUUGGUAGGUUUUGGUUGGGUAAGGAUAUUGAGGGCAUCAAAAAAAGUUAGGUAAACCAAGGAAUAAAUGACCCGUAACAGGAGAUUCACAAUGCUUGCUUUUAAAACAAAUUUGAGGUGGUGUCACUGCUAACACAUCUCAAUAACGAUCAAAUUUUAAUGGCAGAACCGAUCUGAGGACUUUCUUUUAUUAAUUCGGGGGGAUGUUGGUUUAUUGUUGUCACCUGUACCAGUUACAGUGAAAAACUUUGUUUUGCGUGCUACAUCAGGAAGAGCAAAAGAGAAUAUAAAAAGAGUGCACAGCUAAUGUUACAGCUACACGGAAGUGCAAUGUAAAAAAAAAUGCAAUGGCCACAACAAGGUAGGUUGGAAGACUGAGCUAUCACGGCCAAACUCAUCAUUCACUGCCCAUCCUUAAAACUCUUUUUCCUUUUAUUUUUAACUAUGGAGGUAAAGGACCAAUUAACAUUUCGUCAAGAGUUAAAUGUUUUAUUGCCAUAUGCCCCAAAAUGGAACAAUGAAAUACUUACUUGCAGCAGCACAACAGAUAUGUAAACAAAAUAAUCAGAAAAACACAAAAAAAAUCCAACACCAACACCAUCUUCACAAUUCCCCCCAAAAAGUUAAUUAUAUAUUAAACAAAUAAAUAAAAAAUAAUAGUGCAAAGACAAAAGCAAUGCCCCCAAGUCUGUGCAAUUCAGAACUUAUUUGGAGGUUGAAGUGCUUAAUAGCCUGAUGGUUGUAGAGAAUAAGCUGCUCCUGAACCUGGACGUUAGUUUUCAGGCGCCUGUACCUUCUCCCUGAAGGCAGGAGUGAAAUGAGAGUGUGGUCAGAUUAGAAUUUGUUCACAAGAACUUCAAUGUGCAUUUGAAGAACUAUGUCCUAGGAAUAGUCCCACAGGACCAUGUGUUUAGUGUUUGCAGCUGAGAUUAAACUAAAUAACACUUUCUUUGCCACACAAGCAUGUUCAUGAUGGGUAAAAUAGCUUACUGCUCUGUCACAUAUUUUCUAUGAGUCUGUGAGGAAAGUUUUCCCCAAAAAUCCACUUGGUGUUUUCCCUCUUCAUAUCUGUUCAACACUCUUGCUGCAUCAAUUUUAAAUAUUUUUUGCACGUUAUCCUGUCAAACCAAGCUUUGGUAUUUUGUCCUAAACUCCAAUUGACCACAAUCGGGAACUGUUCAACUGACUGGGGAAUGACUUAUGAAUUCAUCCUCAAUUGUAAAUUUUGUAAAUAAAACAUGAGAUACUAAAACUCUAGAAAUAAUAGAAAUUGGAUUUUAAAUAAUUUCAGUGGACCAUUAUCUAUAUUACUAAAAGUCUGAUCUUGACUGCUUCCUGUUGUUCUGUAUAUUGAUUUUAGAACAAACGCUGCCACUUAUGGCUGUGAUUUUGGGCCAUCUUACUCAGAGACCUCCUACGCUGCGCAGGACAAGAGGAUUUUUACCAUCGAUGAAAAAUAAAAGAGUUAAUAGUAUUUAAAAAAUGUUGAGUUUCUCUCUCCUGAAGACCAUGCCCCUUCCAGAGGGACUAUAAAACCAUAUAACCAUUGAGUGUCUCAGUCAGACUCUGCAAGAUGGGGGAGCAAGAGGGUCACAUCUCUCAGUCUGAGCUGUGAGUAACACUGAACACAUGUCUACUAAACUGUCAGUGGCUUUAGUGACCUGUCAGUUCCCUUAAUGUGAUUUGAAAAUACAGUUUGGAAAUGCUAAAGCUGUGUUGCCUUUGGUUUGGAAAUGCUAAAGCUCUGUUGCCUUUGGUUUGGAAAUGCUAAAACUGUGGUGCCUUUGGUUUGGAAAUGCUAAAGCUGUGUUGCCUUUGGUUUGGAAAUGCAAAGGUGUUUUGCCCUUGGUUUGUAAAUGCUAAAGCUUGCCUUGCCUAAUUAAAGUUGCCUUGCGUAAUUAAAGUUGCCUUGCGUAAUUAAAGUUGCCUUGCGUAAUUAAAGUUGCCUUGCUUUCUAUAUAAUUAAAAGUCUAAUCUUGACCACUUCCUGUUUGCGAUUUAUAUUGAUUUUAGAAAAAACGUUACCACAUACGGCUGUGAUUUUUGGCCAUCUUACUCAGUCCCCCUCCGCUCAUCCGGUGCCGAGGAUUUUUCCCAUCGAUUAAAAAUAAAAGAGUUAUUAGUGUUAAAAAAAUGUUGAGAUUCUCUCUCCUGUCAAUCACGGCAUGAAGGCCACGCACCUCCUGGUGGGAGGGGGAGGGACUAUGAAACCCAGUGGGCGUGGCUCAGUCUCUGCAAGAUGGAGGAGGUAGAUGUCACGACUCGCUGGCUUUAGUGGCCUUGCACCCUGCUUGAAAUGGUAUGAAACUGCACUUGAAUUUGGUGGCCUUGCACCUUGUUUGAAGUGGUAAGAAACUGCACUUGAAUUUAGUGGCCUUGCACCCUGCUUGAAAUUGAAUUUCAAGGAAUAGCCGUGAGUCAACUGCCAGCCCACCAGCCGUGAGUGAUCUGCCAGCACACCAGUCUUGAGUGACUGAGCCGCCAGCCCAAGAAUCCAUUCGGCCAACAAUGUCCAUACUAGCCCUCUGGAAACCAGUCCCUUCAGCCCACAAUGCCCAUACUAGCGUUCCAGGCCCUUCAGCCCAACUUAAGUCUCAGUCUCACAAUCAACACCUGAUAUAAAGGAAAGGGGGACUUUUCUCCCACCGGAAACUUGGCAAAUGAUACCUUGAUGCCUUCACUGAGUUAACUAUAAAACCAUAUGCAAACUGACAAGAUUAAGCAACUUAUCUAACAUCCAAUAAAUCGCCAUGGAAAAUGUAUUGGAAAAUGCAACUGUUGUACGUUCCAAGGUAGACCCACAGGGAAGCUAUACAGCAUGUUAGACGACAUAACUAUUUUUAACUAGAGCCUUAUACAUAAAAUAUUUUACAAUAAAUUAGAGUUAAGAAGCUUAUAAUAAUGGAAUAUAAUUAUGGAAUAUGCAUGUUAUACAGUAUUUCAGUAUUAUAUACAGUAAGCAUGUAUGGAUAAGUUUAAUUUAUUUCCAUUCCAGAUAAAUAUGCUACAGGAAUAAUUUUAUAUUAUUGCAAACUAAUAAAAGUCCAAAAAAUAUCUGUCUAGCCUAUUACAACUUGUGCAUUGACGGGAACCUGUGGCUGUACGGGUUUACCACAGUGAUGGCUUAAUAUGUGAGAUUGUACAAAUAACUGAAAUUCCACCCUGUGGUGUUUAGUUAAAGAAUUUAACCCAUGUCUUAAUGCUGUGUAAACAGUGUACAGUGGGCUUUUAGCAAGCUUUGCAUACUGAUAACCAAACUGGCAUUUUGUCAAUGCAAUAACAUUUAGAAUAAUAUAUACCUUAUUUACAACAAAAAUGCUUCUCUCUUAUCACUAGCCUAUGUUACUGCAACAAGUUGUAACAUGAAAUACUAUUAAUAUGAAAGUAACAUGAAUCAGGGCUGCAUAGUGACGCAGCGGUACAGUUGCUGCCUAACAGCGCCAGUGACCUGGGCUCAAUCUUCUGACUAUGGCCGCUGUCUGUAUGGAGUUCGUAUGUUUUCCCUGUGAUCGCGUGAGUUUUCUCCAGGUGCUCUGGUUACCUCCCACGCUCCAAAGACGUGCAGCUUUGUGGGUUAAUUGGCUUCUGUAAAUUGUCACUGGUGUUUAAGGGUGAUCGCUGGUCAGCACAGACUCGGUAAACCGAUGGGCCUAUUUCCACGCUCUAUCUCUAAUGAAUUACUAUUGAAUUUUACACAGUGUACUCUAGAUCGCUGCAAAUCAUAGAAUAAAAAUCUAAUCUUUCCUUGAUUUUUUUUAAUUUACUGAUUUU